UUUGCUUUGCCAAGGUAAGUGCAUAUUCUCCAACUUAGUAAAUGAGAUUUUUGUUUGCUUGUUUGUUUGUUUUAAGUUUAUGAUUAUCCUGUGUGAAAAUAAAUGUGGAUUAUCUCAAAGAACCUCAGUUUUGUGCAUGGCGCAAGGACAAAUGAGAUAACAGAUUAUGGCUAAAUUAAUAAUGCUUUCUUUAUGUUACCAGAAAUAAUUACAUUAGUUGAGCAGGAUUUCAGUGUGAGUGUCACAUCUAUGUGACACUCACAAAACAAAACUUAAGUGAUUGGAGCAAACGUAACUUAAAUACUGAUUUGAAUGUAAUGCAGAAAACAGUAAAUUUAGAAGUCUUAGGAACAAACUUUUUAUGUCUAACUUGAUUAUUAUGAGUGCAUUUAUGCCUUUAUAGCUACUUUAAACAGGAAGACCAGCCAGACCAUUAUCAGAAUGGACGCAAUGGAAAUCGAUGACAACUUAUAUAUAAGUAAGAAUCUCACAGCGGACAGCCUCAUUACAAAAGUAGAUUUUCAGAGAAGAAAGCAGCCCUGUCGGUCUGGAACUGUGUUUCUUGGAUUACUGUGUGCAGUCCUGUUGGCUGGUAACAUUGGACAGAUUAUCUACCAACAGACAAUCAGCCAUCCGGCGUCAGCCAACCCGACACAGGCCGGUCACGAAGCUCAAGUCGAUCGGCUGCAGAGCAGUUAUGAGGCUUUAGCCGCAGAGAGAAAACAGUUAGAGGCCAGACUGGAUAACCUGACUAAACAAAAAGACCAGUUGGAGCAAAGUUACAGUUCUUUGACUGCUGAAAGAGAUGAGUUCAACGUCAGUCUCGGCAAAAUGAAAAACGAGAAGGACCAGUUACAAGCAAGUUACAACACCUCAAAACAAGAGGGUGAUCGGUUGCAGACUAGAUGUGACGACUUGCACAGGAAUCUUGUGGGGUUACAGACCAGUUACAAUAAACUGACAGCAAGCAAAGAUCAGCUACAGACCAAUUACAGUGAUCUGCAAAGAGAAAAUGGUGAAUUACAGACUUUAUUUCAUCAUUUACAGGGGAAUUACUCUUCACUGCAGAGGGACAUGGACCGGUUGCAGAGAAGCUACAAUACACUAAAUAUUAGUAAAAAUUAUCUUCAGAUCAGCUACAAUUCAUUGUGGAAAGACAAAGAACAGCUGCAAACCAGUUGCAAUAGUCUACAGAGAGAAAAAGAGUGGCUACAGACCAAUUACAGCACUUUGGCUGCAGAUAUAGAUCAGUUAGAGAUGCAGAUGGACAAAGUAAGAACAAGGCUGCAGUGUCCGAUAGGCUGGAAGAAGUUCGACAUCAGCUGUUACUUUGUUUCAACUACGAAGAAAAACUGGACGUUAAGCAGAAAAGAUUGCAUCUCCAGGGGAGCAGAUCUGGUCGUCAUAGACAGCCGGGAUGAACAGCAAUUCAUCUACAAGUUAAUAAAACCAGACAAGAAUGCUUGGAUUGGUCUGACUGACAGCCUCCAAGAGGGGACUUGGAUGUGGGUGGAUGGCACCCCAGUCACCACAACCUACUGGGAGCCUGGGCAGCCCAACAGCUACAAUGGGAACCAGGACUGUGGAGAAAUAGUACCCAAGUCAUCAGGAGUGGGACAAUGGAACGACGAUGGCUGUUUUGCCGAUCAGAUUUGGAUCUGUGAAAAAUAAGAUCAUAGUGUUUCACAGUUAAUGAUGUGCUUGAGCUUAUACAUCUUUAAUGUUUGAGUCUGUUUUUGUUGAUUAUCAGCAGACUCCAGAUCAAAACCAAUAAAUAAUUUAUUCUACUAACAAUCAUAUUGCUUAGCAUGAACACACAGACUGUAGUUUAUUUUGAGCCAAUGUCACACACACGUUCUGCUGCUGAAAAUAUUUAAAUAAUCCUUUUUCCACUAGUCCACAGUCUAUCCAUAGACAUAGCACGCAUGACAGCCGGUUGCACCCAUUCCUCACAUGUACGGUUCAAUAUAAAUAAUUCAAAAUAAAUUUUUAGCUUGUAAACAGACAAAUCUUCAUUACUCAGCUUUGAUCAGUAAAUAUUGUUUUGGACUCUACUAUUCUGUUUCCUCUGACACAACUCUGCAUGCUUAAUUAAUAUGUAUGACAAUUGAAAUAUGUUAUAAAUAGGUAUGUUACAAAGCACAUACAUCUAACAUCUACUGUUUUACAUCAUGAGUGAGAAUAUGUGGUUGUUAAAAUGAUUUAUCUUUUGACUUGUUACUUCAAUGUUUAAUGUACAAACGUACUCAUAUUAAAAUGUGUAAAAACCACGGGAGCUUUGUUAUAUGUUUUGUUGAGCACUACUAUACUGUCACAAAUGCUUCCAGCAAUGUUCAAAUGCAGAUAAAUGCAUAUUUUGAUUUAAGGCAGCGGUGUGUUUAGUGUGGUCAGCUGUCGCUAUGACUUCCAGGGCAACAUCAGAUGAUACGAACAUCACCUUGUCUGUGAACGUUUGUGCCUGAGUCAAAACAGACAGA